AUGAGGGGCCGGCGGGGCAGGCCGCCCAAGCAGCCCGCGGCUCCCGCUGCGGAGCGCUGCGCCCCGGCCCCGCCGCCGCCUCCGCCUCCGCCGCCGCCACCGCCGCCUCCGCCACCGCCACCGCCGCCGCCGCCCGCGUCCGGACCCAUCGGGGGGCUGCGCUCGCGGCACCGCGGCAGCAGUCGGGGCAGGUGGGCCGCCGCCCAGGCUGAGGUGGCGCCCAAGACGCGGCUGAGCUCGCCCAGGGGGGGCGGCCGCAGGAAGCCGCCGCCGCCACCGUCGCCGGCCUCCGGCAGCAGCGCCAGCGGCCCUGGCCGGGGGGGCCGAGGAGGCGGGGGCGGCAGGACGGGGGGCGGGGGCGGCCACCUGGCCCGGACCACCCCGGCCCGCCGCGCCGUCAACAAAGUGGUGUACGAUGACCACGAGAGCGACGACGACGACGAGGAGGACAUGGUCUCGGAGGAGGACGAGGAGGAGGAAGAGGACGGCGACGCCGAGGAGACCCAAGAUUCUGAGGACGACGAGGAAGAUGACAUGGAGGAGGACGACGAUGACUCCGAUUAUCCGGAGGAGAUGGAAGACGACGACGACGACGCCAGUUAUUGCACGGAAAGCAGCUUCAGGAGCCAUAGCACAUACAGCAGCACUCCAGGUAGGCGAAAACCAAGAGUACAUCGGCCUCGCUCUCCAAUAUUAGAAGAAAAGGACAUCCCACCCCUUGAAUUUCCGAAGUCCUCUGAGGAUUUAAUGGUGCCUAACGAGCAUAUAAUGAAUGUCAUUGCCAUUUAUGAGGUCGUGCGGAACUUUGGCAAUGUUUUAAGGUUGUCCCCUUUUUGCUUUGAGGACUUCUGUGCAGCUCUGGUGAGCCAAGAGCAGUGCACACUCAUGGCAGAGAUGCAUGUGGCUCUUCUGAAGGCAGUUCUGCGUGAAGAGGACACAUCUAACACCACCUUCGGCCCUGCAGACCUGAAAGACAGUGUGAAUUCCACCCUAUAUUUCAUCGACGGCAUGACGUGGCCGGAGGUCCUGCGGGUGUACUGUGAGAGCGAUAAGGAAUACCACCAUGUUCUUCCUUACCAGGAGGCAGAGGACUAUCCCUACGGACCAGUGGAGAACAAAAUCAAAGUUCUGCAGUUUCUAGUCGAUCAGUUCCUUACGACCAAUAUUGCUCGUGAGGAGCUGAUGUCGGAAGGGGUGAUCCAGUAUGACGACCACUGUAGGGUCUGUCACAAACUGGGAGACUUACUGUGCUGUGAGACGUGCUCAGCUGUGUAUCACUUAGAGUGUGUGAAGCCACCUCUUGAAGAGGUGCCAGAGGAUGAGUGGCAGUGUGAAGUCUGUGUAGCACACAAGGUGCCUGGAGUGACUGACUGUGUUGCUGAAGUCCAAAAGAAUAAACCAUAUGUUCGACAUGAACCUAUCGGAUAUGACAGAAGCCGGAGGAAAUACUGGUUCUUAAACCGAAGACUCAUAAUAGAAGAAGACACAGAAAAUGAAAAGGAAAAGAAAGUUUGGUACUACAGUACAAAGGUCCAGCUUGCGGAAUUAAUAGACUGUCUAGACAAAGACUACUGGGAAGCAGAACUGUGCAAAAUUCUAGAAGAGACACGAGAAGAAAUGCACCAGCACAUGGACAUAACAGAAGACCUGACCAACAAAGCCCGGGGCAGCAACAAGUCCUUUCUAGCGGCAGCUAAUGAAGAAAUUUUGGACUCAUUAAGAAUCAAAAGAGGGGAAGAUAUCGACUGUGAUCAGAGCCCGGAAGAAUCAGAAAAAGACAAGAGCGAGGUCGAGAGUGGCAGUUCCAGGGACACCGAGAAGAGAAGGGGGGACUCGGAAGAGCAGUCCCUGGAGAAGGACGGCGACGGCAAAGCCUCGGGUGAAGAGCUUGGGCAAGGAGAACCUGAGGAGCCAACAGAAGUUGGGGAUAGAGGUAACUCUGUGCCAGCAAAUCUUGGCGACAACACAACUAAUGCUUCUUCAGAAGAGACUAGUCCCUGUGAAGGGAGGAGCCCCGAGGGCUGUCUCUCAGAAACCCAUGAUAGCAGCAACAUGACAGAGAAGAAGGUGGCAUCUGAGCUCCCCCCGGAUGUGCCAGAAGAUUCUAACAAGACAUGUGACAGCAGUAACACUAGUGCUACCACUACCUCCACCCAGCCUAAUCUGGAGAGCAGUAGCAGCAGUGAACUCAGCUCUUCCCAGAGUGACUCUGCUAAGGCAGCUGAUGACCCUGGCGCUGUGGAAAGCGACUCCCACACACCUGUCUCUGCUCAGGAAGAGAUAGGGGAUUUCAGAUUGGAGAAGUCUAAUGGAGAAAUCGCCGAAUCCCCUGGAGCUGGGAGAGGAACGUCUGGCUCCACUCGCAUCAUCACCAGAUUGCGGAACCCAGAUAGCAAACUCAGUCAGCUCAAGAGCCAGCAGGUGGCAGCUGCGGCCCAUGAAGCAAACAAAUUGUUUAAGGAGGGCAAAGAGGUGCUGGUAGUUAACUCCCAAGGAGAAGUUUCACGGUUGAGCACCAAAAAGGAGGUGGUCAUGAAAGGGAAUAUCAACAAUUAUUUUAAGUUGGGACAAGAAGGGAAGUAUCGUGUCUACCACAAUCAGUACUCUACCAAUUCCUUUGCCCUGAAUAAACACCAACACAGGGAGGACCACGAUAAGAGGAGGCACCUUGCGCAUAAGUUCUGUCUCACUCCAGCUGGGGAGUUCAAAUGGAAUGGGUCUGUCCACGGGUCCAAAGUCCUUACCAUAUCCACAUUGAGACUGACCAUCACGCAGCUGGAAAGCAACAUCCCUUCGUCCUUUCUUCAUCCCAAUUGGGCUUCACACAGGGCUAACUGGAUCAAGGCCGUUCAGAUGUGUAGCAAACCCAGAGAGUUUGCGUUGGCUCUUGCAAUUUUGGAGUGUGCAGUUAAACCUGUUGUGAUGCUGCCAAUAUGGCGGGAGUCUUUAGGACACACAAGGUUACAUAGGAUGACAUCAAUUGAAAGGGAAGAAAAGGAGAAAGUUAAAAAAAAGGAGAAAAAACAGGAGGAGGAGGAGACGAUGCAGCAGGCCACGUGGGUAAAAUACACGUUUCCAGUGAAGCACCAGGUUUGGAAACAAAAAGGAGAAGAAUACAGAGUGACAGGGUAUGGCGGCUGGAGCUGGAUUAGUAAAACACAUGUUUAUAGGUUCCUUCCCAAAUUACCAGGCAAUACCAAUGUGAGCUACAGGAAGCCCUUUGAAGGAGCCAAAAAUAAUACAGACGACAAUAAGGAUGAAUCAGAUAAAAGAAAAAGUCCACGAAGUCCAAAAAAAAUUAAGACAGAAUGUGAUUCUGGGAAAGAUGAGGCAAAAGAUGCUGAAGCUGCAGCAGCAGACGACAGUGCAAUGGAGCUCUCCAAGGUGUCCGAGAAGGACCACGAUGUAAAAGAAGUUUUGGAGUCUGAUAAUGACAGAUCCUUCAAGGACGAACCAAUGGAGAUAGAUGACAAUGUGAAAACAGAGUCCCUUGUAAACUGUCAGGAGACUACUCAAGGGGAUGUGGUCAAUGUCAGUGAGGGGUUCCAUCUAAGGACUAGUUACAAAAAGAAAACAAAAUCCUCGAAACUGGACGGGCUCCUGGAAAGGCGUAUUCGACAGUUCACACUGGAAGAGAAGCAGCGCCUUGAAAAGUUGAAGCUGGAGAGUGGGGUGAAGGGAGUAGGCAAGCCUCCCAUAAGUGCUCUGCAAAGCCCCUCUGAAUCAGCAGUAACUGCAAAGGCCAGCGAAGGCUGUCAGAGUGACUUGCUUAGACAGGAACAGAGCCCCAGUCCAAGCCAGGCUAGCCCUGGGGACUCAGGACAGGGGUGCUCACCAAGUGAUUCCACAGUUCUUGGCCUCAGUAAUACUAGUCUGAGUACAAACCAACUCUAUCAGAAAGAUCAAGUGUCAGAUGGUGUCUCUGUUCAGAGUUCAGGGCCAAACUGUCACAGACAGAGCUCUGUUGAAAGUGACCUUGAUACCAGGGUCUCAGAGCCCACCAGUAAGGGACUGGAACUAAGUCGGACUAAAACAAAAGGAAGUGACUUUUUCAUCGAUGACUCUAAACCAGCCAGUGCAGAUGACAUUGGUACCUUGAUCUCUAAGAGCAAAAAGCCACUCCCACAGGAAGAUAGCAUUAUUGUGCCUUCUUCCAAGAGUACUUUACCUGUAUCAGUACCUAAAAGUACCAGUGACAGAGAUGCCCGGUCCUUCUCAAGAGCAGUUGGCUUUGAUGGGAAACCAGGUUGUGACUCUGAAUAUAAUAGCACUUUGGAAAAUAGUUCUGAUACGAUGUCUAUUCAGGAUAGCAGUGAAGAAGACAUGAUUGUUCAGAAUAGCAAUGAAUGUAUCUCUGAGCAGUUCACAACUCCAGAUCAAGGCAUGGAGAGUGUGGAGCCGUCAAAAUAUGAGUUAGUUCCUAAAUCUGCUGAAAAUUGUCAAGAUAAACUACAGGGUAAGGUAACUGAAGCAAAUGGUAAAAAAAUAGGGCAGCACCAGAAGCUGGACGAGAGAUCAGUUAACAAAUGUGUUGGCCAAGUAAGCCUAAAACAUAUCACCGACAAAAAGAAUAAUGACAAUCGAGAUUCUGAAAAGAAAGGACAGAAGGCAAAUAAAUUCCAGAUAAAUGGCAAAGAUAGCAAAGCUAAGGGGUUCCUGAAAGGGCCGUGUUUGAAGGACAGCUCUGAAGGGAAAGCUCUGAGUGUUACCAUUGAACCAAAGGUCAACAAUGUCAGUAAGGUCGUCCCUGGAAAUAUCAAGUCACUGGCUGUUAAAGAAUCUACUCUGAAGCCCUUUGUUAAUGGUGACAUCAUCAUGGAAGAUUUCAAUGAACAAAACAGUUCAGAAACCAACUCACAUUUACUGAGUCCUUCAGAUGCCAAAGGUAAUCACCAAGACAGCCUACACACCCUACCGUCCACCAAAGAGUCAGACAGUACCCAGGUAACCAUACCUCCAGCCCCUUGCCCAGAAAGUAACUCAUGUAAUCAGGUGGAAGAUAUGGAAACGGAGAGUUCAGAGGUUAAGAAGGUUACCCCGUCUCCUGUUGCUUCUAACCUUAGUAAUGACUUCAUGGAUGAAAAUGGUCUGCCCUCCAGCAAGGACAGGAAUGUCAAUGGAGAAUCCAAAAGGAAAACAAUCAUCACAGAGGUCACCACGAUGACAUCCACAGUUGCCACAGAAUCAAAAACUGUCAUUAAGGUAGCAAAGGGGGACAAGCAAACUGUGGUUUCUUCCACAGAAAAUUGUGCCAGAUCCACUGUCACAACUACCACUACCACUGUGACAAAGCUCUCCACACCCUGCCCAGACAGCGGUAUUGACACCAUCUCUGUAAAGGAGCAGAGCAGAACCGUGGUUACCACAACAGUGACGGACUCCCAGACCACUGCAGGAAACACGCUGGUAACAUCUAUGACAGUGAGCAAAGAAUACUCCACAAGAGACAAGGUGAAACUGAUGAAGUUCUCAAGACCCAAGAAGACCCGUUCUGGAACAGCCCUGCCGUCCUACAGGAAGUUUGUUACUAAGAGCAGCAAAAAGAGCAUUUUCGUGUUGCCUAACGAUGACUUGAAAAAGCUGGCCAGGAGAGGCGGGAUCCGGGAAGUCCCUUACUUUAAUUAUAAUGCAAAACCUGCCUUGGACAUAUGGCCAUAUCCUUCUCCUAGACCAACCUUUGGUAUCACGUGGAGGUAUAGACUUCAGACGGUAAAAUCCCUAGCAGGAGUGAGCCUGAUGUUACGGUUACUGUGGGCCAGUUUGAGAUGGGAUGACAUGGCAGCCAAAGCUCCUCCAGGAGGAGGGACUACACGGACAGAAACGUCUGAAACUGAAAUCACAACCACAGAGAUAAUUAAGAGGCGUGAUGUGGGUCCUUACGGCAUUCGUUCUGAGUAUUGUAUCAGGAAGAUCAUUUGCCCGAUUGGAGUUCCAGAAGCACCAAAAGAAACACCCACACCUCAGCGGAAAGGCCUUCGGUCAAGUGCACUGCGACCAAAGAGACCUGAAAUGCCCAAGCAGACGGGUCCUGUUAUCAUUGAAACCUGGGUGGCAGAAGAGGAGUUGGAACUCUGGGAGAUCAGGGCUUUUGCUGAGAGAGUGGAGAAAGAAAAGGCCCAAGCGGUGGAGCAGCAGGCUAAGAAACGUUUGGAGCAGCAGAAGCCUGCGGUCAUUGCUGCAUCUACCACAUCCCCAACAAAUAGCACAAGCAGCACCGUCUCUCCAGCUCAGAAGGUGAUGGUGGCUCCCUUAAGUGGCCCAGUCACUCCUGGAACGAAGAUGGUGCUAGCCACCAAAGUUGGGUCUCCUGCCACAGUAACAUUCCAGCAAAACAAGAACUUCCACCAAACCUUUGCCACAUGGGUGAAGCAAGGCCAGUCCAAUUCAGGCGUGGUCCAGGUACAGCAGAAAGUCCUGGGUAUCAUUCCAUCAACGACGGGUCCUAGUCAGCAGACCUUUACUUCAUUCCAGCCCAGGACUGCCACAGUAACAAUUAGGCCCAACACCUCAGCCUCUGCAGGAACCACUACCACGUCCCAGGUACUUACGGGGCCUCAGAUCCGUCCUGGUAUGACAGUGAUUAGAACACCUCUCCAACAAUCAACACUAGGCAAGGCAAUUAUCCGAACCCCUGUGAUGGUGCAGCCAGGUGCUCCCCAACAAGUGGUGACUCAAAUCAUCCGAGGACAGCCUGUUUCCACUGCCAUUUCCGCUCCAAGUACAGCUUCUUCCGCACCUGGGCAAAAAGGCCUAAGUCCAGGAACAGCAGCUGGUACUCUGCAGCCUUCAGCCCCACCACCCCCUCGUCCCCAGCAAGGGCAAGUGAAGCUCACCAUGGCUCAGCUCACUCAGUUAACACAGGGCCACGGCGGCAACCAAGGUUUAACAGUAGUAAUUCAAGGACAGGGUCAAACCACUGGACAGUUGCAGUUGAUACCUCAGGGGAUGACCGUCCUUCCUGGGCCAGGGCAGCAGCUCAUGCAAGCUGCAAUGCCCAAUGGUACCGUUCAGCGAUUUCUCUUCACCCCACUGUCUACAACAGCCACAACCGCCACCGCUGCCAGCAGCAGCAGCAGCAGCAGCAGCAGCAGCACUACCACUUCUACAGCAGCAGGUUCAGGGGAACAAAAACAGAGUAAAUUGUCACCCCAGCCCCAGGUCCAACCAGCUACAACCAUGGCGCCAGCUCAGUCAUCAAGUGUGAGUCCUGCAGAAGCCCAGCCACAGACUCCUCAGCCUUCAGCACAGCCCCAGCCCCAAGCCCAGUCCCCAGCUCAGCCUGAAGUCCAGACCCAGCCAGCUGUCUCGUCCCAUGUCCCUUCUGAAGCACAGCCCUCCCAGGCACAGCCAUCUAAACCCCAGGAACAGUGUCAGCCUCAGAACAGUGUUCAAGGACAGUCUCCUGUUCGUGUCCAGAGCCCACCACUGACUCGAAUACGCCCAUCAACUCCAUCCCAAGUGACUCCUGGACAGCAACCCCUGGUUCAGACUACAACCUCACAGCCGAUUCCAAUCCCGCCCCCCACAUCUCUGCAGACACCUUCCCAAGGCCAGCCACAGUCACAGCCCCAGGUGGUGAUGAAGCAUAAUGCUGUAAUAGAACAUUUAAAACAGAAAAAGACCAUGACUCCAGCUGAAAGAGAAGAAAAUCAAAGAAUGAUUGUGUGUAACCAGGUGAUGAAGUAUAUUCUGGAUAAGAUAGAUAAAGAAGAGAAACAGGCGGCUAAGAAACGCAAGCGCGAGGAGAGUGUGGAGCAGAAGCGGAGCAAGCAGAAUGCCAGCAAGCUCUCUGCUUUGCUCUUCAAACACAAGGAGCAGCUCAAAGCUGAGAUCCUGAAGAAGAGGGCACUCCUGGACAAAGAGCUGCAGAUCCAAGUGCAGGAGGAGCUGAAGAGAGACCUGAAAAUGAAGAAAGAGAAAGAUAUGGCACAGGUGGCACAGGUCAGUGCUGCCACAGUGUCCAUACCCGCAGCACCAGCACCACCACCGGCAGCCCCUCCAGCUCCUCCUCCUCCUUCACCUCCCUUGGCACACAGUCUGCCACCUGCAGGCCACCCAGCAGCCCCACUGCCUGUCACUUCCCAGAAGAGGAAGCGGGAGGAGGAGAAGGACUCCAAGUCCAAGAAAAAGAAGAUGAUCUCCACCACCUCGAAGGAGGCCAAGAAGGACACCAGGCUGUACUGCAUCUGCAAGACGCCCUAUGAUGAGUCCAAGUUCUAUAUUGGCUGUGAUCUUUGUACUAACUGGUAUCAUGGAGAAUGUGUUGGCAUCACAGAAAAGGAGGCUAAGAAAAUGGAUGUGUACAUCUGUAAUGAUUGUAAGCGGGCACAAGAGGGCAGCAGUGAGGAAUUGUACUGUAUCUGCAGGACACCUUAUGAUGAGUCACAAUUUUAUAUUGGCUGUGAUCGAUGUCAGAAUUGGUACCACGGGCGCUGUGUUGGCAUCUUGCAGAGUGAGGCAGAGCUCAUUGAUGAGUAUGUCUGUCCACAGUGCCAGUCAACAGAGGAUGCCAUGACAGUGCUCACACCACUGACAGAGAAAGAUUAUGAGGGCUUGAAGAGGGUGCUGCGCUCCUUACAGGCCCAUAAAAUGGCUUGGCCUUUCCUUGAGCCGGUAGACCCCAGUGAUGCACCAGAUUACUACGGUGUUAUUAAAGAACCGAUGGACCUUGCCACCAUGGAAGAAAGAAUACAAAAACGGUAUUAUGAAAAGCUGACAGAGUUCGUGGCAGAUAUGACCAAAAUUUUUGAUAACUGCCGUUACUACAAUCCCAAUGACUCCCCCUUUUACCAGUGUGCAGAAGUCCUUGAGUCAUUCUUUGUACAGAAACUAAAAGGAUUCAAGGCUAGCAGAUUGUGAUAUCUUUAGUCUGAAUUUUUAACUGGAAUCAGAACUGGAUGUUGGGGGUCACUGUUUAUUGUACCACGUGAUUGCCUAAUUCAAAAUUCCCCUCCCAAAAGUUGAAACUAGUUGAUACAAUUUUUUAAUGUUAAAUACAGAUGUGUAGAUACGUAAAAACUUUAUUCUGGCAGCCAUGUUGGACGUGUUUAAAGAAUUGUGACUGCUCGGGAUGCUGUACUCACCUGCUAUUGCAGUCUAGAGCGCUGUGAGCUAGUCCUGCUUCCUGUACAGUAACGUGGUUCCUAACAGAAGCUGUGAAUGAAACUGUGAAGAGAGGAGGACUUUGUGGACUUGAGGUGGAAAAUGUGAUAUUAAUAUUGCUACUUGUCUAAUACAACCUUUCAUCUCCUGCGCCAUUGUGAAUAGACAGGCACACACACCUUUUACUGCAGUGAUGCUCUGUAAAUGUCUCUGUCCCAUUUGUUAAAAAUGGUAUUAUCUUAAUAAACAAUAUAUAUUCACUUAUAUAUUUUUAAACAUUGGCUUUUUCCAGUGAGCUACCAUGUUUACUGUACAGUGGAAAGUUUUCAUACUCUAGCUUACAGAUUUCUAAAUUGUCAGUUUUCUCAGCGUUGCUGCCCGGAUGAGUGAAAGAGCGCGGCCGCCUCGGCGCCACAUCAGGGUCACUGUCUGAGAACCCACGGUGCCUAAUCGUCCCCUUUCUGUAUUCUGUAGGUCUCACAACAACAAGCUGCAGUCUACAGCUCCUUGAGCUCAGCGUGUCCCCUGAGCGAGACACGGAGUCUGGUGGUCUGCACUGUCUAAUUAAAGCGCCAGAUGCUGUCGGGCAGGCUGUCCCGACAGGACUUGACCAUGACUCGUUCCUGUUGGUCACAACAGUCCAGUUGUAUUCUUGGCCAGUUUUGUCCAACGGACAAAGGAAAAGCAAAGUCAACGGCACCAUUGUCUUGUCGAGAGCAAAUGGCUUUACUGUUGUGGCAGAAGCAGGAAACUUUUGUUUAUUGAAAAAAAAAAGAAAAAGCAAGAAAAAAAAGAUACUAUGGGGUCAAGUGUAACUCCGUGGAAAUGCCACGUCUGCUCUUCAGUGAAGAAGCUGUUUAGAGUCUCACAGAAAACUUUUUGACUGUAUUUAUUUAUUGUUGCAAAAAAAAAAGACGCUUUUUUAUUGCUGCCCUCAUUUGUCAGCUAAUUAUUUUUUCUUAUAAAAUCCAGCCCUGGUUACGUGUAUCCAUCCUAUAUCUUAUCAUGAUUCCUGUAGGUGAAGUACAAGGCGACCUCUAGAUGUCUUUUCUUUCUAUGAAAGGAGCUGCUAUGUACACAUGUGCACACACAACUGGGAAUCAACAAUGAGUUUGCUGUUCAUGGUGGACACAGAUGACGCUUGCAGAAAGGCUGGGGGAAGUAGCGGUCCUGGACUACAGCCGCCUUUGCCUUGAAUGCACCAGUACAAACUGUCAUUCACUCUGCGCCAGGCUAAGUGAGCAAAAUCUAUUUGAAGGUAUCUUGUUUGUAAACAUUUGUCAGAUUCUAAUUUUUUUCUUUUUGUAUUAAAAUUCAACUAUGGAUGUAUAUGAAUCAAAAUAAAUGGAGAUAAUUUUUCUCCCACA